AGACAGCUGAUUGCCGGUACCGAACUACUUUGCCUCGCUCUCUACCUUGCUUAUCCUGCCAGCACCCGCCAUCGACGCCGCUUCCUCUCUGCCCACCAGAUCCCUUCCUUUCUUUGGACGACGAGCGGAGAGAGAGUUCCAUGGCGGAGCUUUCGCAUUAUGUAUGUCAGCGUGCUGGAUUCCUAACUUACUCGUUCUGCCAGCACCUGUCACCUCUUUCGCCAGUUUCAGCUCCCGUGGCCAAGGUACCUUGCUCCAUUAGGUGAACCCAUCUAAGUCAUCUUUGCCCGGUGUGAUUGAGCCGAACUACUUGAAAACCCCGACCCAGCCGAAUCAGAUCACCUCGGAUACCUAUACACCAUAAACGCGUCCUCUCCCUCCCUUCUCCCCUCAUCCAAGUCAUCUGGUUCAAGGAUCUCCUUCUAGAUGGCUGACUCUGUGGAUCGCGUGUUUGUCCAUGCCUUAAAUACCGUCAAGAAAAUCCCCAAAACGGGGGCCUCGCGCCCCCCGCCGUCCGACAGGCUGCGACUCUAUGGCCUCUACAAGCAAGCGAUGGAGGGUGACGUUGAUGGCGUCAUGGAACGGCCGACCUCGGCUUCCGGCGUGCCAGCUGAUGAGCUCCAGCGCGAGAAGGACAAGUGGGAUGCAUGGAACUCCCAGAAGGGCCUGAGCCGGACGGAGGCGAAGAGACGAUACAUCGAGGCAUUGAUCGAGACGAUGCACAAAUUCGCGACGACACCAGACGCCAAGGAACUUGUCGCGGAACUCGAAUUCGUAUGGAACCAGAUCAAGAACAACAGCCCGAGCUCGACCGAAUCCUCACCGAAAGGCACAGGGUAUACCGGCGAGUUGCGACAGUAUCAGAAUCCCCUGCCUGACUCCGAAGGACCGCUGAAGGUUCUAAGCCCCAUGAGCGAAGACGACGCCGCCGAACGAAACUCAGUCGGGCGGAUGGUCUACAACGAGGAGGAGGAAGGGGACGCGCUUGUGAGGAGCAGCAACUGGUCGCGGAGCGUGGAACGCGCCUUGGAAAAGCUCUCGGCCGAGGUCGCGGCCUUACGAGAGCAAAUUACAACAGGAAGGGAGUGGAAAUCGAAAAAGUCGCGAAGUUUCCCCGCCUGGAUACGGUGGUUCACCUGGGUGGUAUUAAAACACCUCGCCAUCGAUGCGGUCCUGUUGGCCUUCAUCCUCCUGUGGAUGCGCAAGCGGAAGGAUAGGAGGUUGGAGGACUUGGUCCGCGCCGGGGUGAAGUUGAUGAGGGAAUACGUGAGGAACGUCUUACCGUCCAGAUGACAACGACGCGACGGGUGGUAAGGGGCGCAACCUGCAGGUAUAUGGGCUGAGGAGCUACCGAUGCCGCUCUCUGCGAUGAACCGGCACCACCCAUCUGGGCAAGGCCAUAUCUGUCACUUGCCCCCAGGGAGGUCGGAAGGCCCGCGCGACUUACACGCCAAUCCAAGCUUGGUUCACUCUGGGAGAACAUGCGCGCAUUGUCCCACUGGCAUACGUUUCAAUCUUCCAUUGCAUAUCGCCAAGACGGAUCCUGAUCCCGCCCAUGUCAACAGCAGACGGACAGUUCCCGGGGGACGAGUUCAUAGCCACACCUCCAACCAAUGGGUCUGGAAGAGACAUCGUCGUCUGGCGAAUGGUGCUCAAAAGCCGAGCCGAGCGCAGGGUCUUAAGUGACGACUGGACGGACGGCUAGUCAGGCGACGGAGGUCCCUCUGGAUCUAAGAUUGAUCAUAUAGAGGUCCUCUGCUCAUGUUGAAUGCGAUAUCCGUAUUUUUAAUAAACGCAGCCAAAAUGCUUCAGUGUUGCGCGGUGACCGUCCUGUUUCGUUGCGGUAACAGUUUUAUGUAUGUCCACACAAUCCUA